CUUCUGCAUGAAUCCCACUCUCAUCGUCAUGCUAAAGGCUAUGAAAUAGAAAAUGUGUGAUGAUAGAAGUUCAGAAGGCGAUGAGGCGCGACUGCAGCAGCUGCAGCAGCAGUGGGCGGCGGCCAUCAGGCUGCAGCUGGACAAGGAGUUCCAGGAGCAGCAGCCGCAGCGUCUCCAGCACCACGACAUCUGGAGGAGUGAUGCGGGUGAACUGGAGCUCCCUUCCGGCAGAAUUAGGCAGGAAGCUCAAGAUAUGAACACAGUCGGGAAAAUGAACGACGCAGAAAACAUCUUGAGCAGAAAUCCGACAACUUUCUGGUCAUACGGCGAUGGUAGCUCCUUUUUUGCCAGCGGUAAAAGGGAAAGAAAUCAUCUCAGCAGCACCGACGUCUUACGUCCGGCGAUCGUCAGAGGGAACGCUACCCCUUGCGUCGGCUGCUGGAACAGAUCGACUGAAGAACUUCACGACAGUCUCAGCAGACGAUGGGAUAGGGGCCAAAAUGCUGAUCCAUUCUCGAUAAUCUUCAAUUAGUUUUGGAUCAGCAUUUAAGCUGAAAUUAAAUUUAUUCGGAGAAAAUCCUUCUUUUAGGUUUGGUCUCCGUAGGUGAUCAAGAAAUGAAUAGCUUAUAGUUUCAUGUCCCUGCCUCAUCAACUGCAACUGAUAUUGUUCCUUUUGAAGUAAUAACU